GAAAACGGACUUGAACUUCAAGAAUGCUAACUAACUAAGUUGCCACCCGCGGCCCCGGGCCGGCCGCAGCCGCGCUGAGCAGAACCGGGCUGCCGCCCUCGCCGCGCCGCCGCGCUGGAACUGAUUUUGGAAGUUCUUUCUUACUUGUUGAGGAAUAUACUGCGGUCAAUCUCUCUCCAUUUCCCCUCCUCUAGGUUCCCGAGAAAGAGAUCUCCUACUCUCACCCUAUGAAGGCGAAGCACUUUCAUCCCAACAAGAGCGCACAUCCUCCUUAUCUGCCGGUACCUCCCUUCGGAAAGCACGAUUCGCAGAGUGAUGGAGUCAUUGGAUGGAGAAAACAUUCUCUCAUCAAGAACAUCGACUUGAGCUGGCUUCAGCGCCUUUCCAUCGAGACUGAGACCGUGCCGGAGACGAUGGAUGGAAGGAGUCAAGUCGCUGAGUUGACCUGAAGGGUGAACCGUAACGUGAUACUCUUUCUCGAUUUUUGACUCUUGUCCGAUCAGUUUUCUUGCGACUACUCCAUCUUGAGUGAAAAUCAACAGGCCG